CAGGUACCUAAGGUCGCCCUGUACUGUUGGGCAGGUUGGGGCCUGAACAACCUGCUUGCCCUAGAGGGAAAACCAGGAAAAGGAGCCAGUGACUCUCACUAGUCCUGUUGGGGCACUUGGUUCCCCUCAGAGAAUCUGGGGAGUCGCGUUUCCAGAGAGGCUCCUCUGGCUCCGCCUGGGCUCCAUGGGGAACAGAGGCUCCAGCGGAACCGUCCUCGUGAGCAGGAAGAUCCAGAAGUCUCACAGUGUCAGAGCGGGUGACAAGGAGGAUGCGGACGUAGUCUCGUGUUUUUACAAGCCGCCUCUCCGCUGGAUGGCGCUCAGUGGCAGCAGUUACGUUUUUUAAUCACAUCUCAUAAAGACUCACGAAAGAAGACUGCAGAGACACUGCAGAAAAUGAGGAAAGAAUGGAAAUGAUUUCCGAAAAGUCCAAAGAGAGCAUGUAUUUCUGGAACAAAACCACAGAGAAAAGUGACUAUGAGGCUGUGGAAGCACUCAUGACCAUGAGCUGCAGUUGGAAGUCUGAUUUUAAGAAAUAUCUAGAAAACAGACCUGUCACACCAGCAUCGGACACUUCAGAGGAGGAGGGCCUGCUGCCUGGAACGCCCGAUUUCCACGCCAUCCCCACGUUUUGUCUGACGCCACCCUACAGCCCCUCUGAAUUUGAGCCCCCUCAUGUGUCAUCUCUGAUGGCACCCGAGCCACCUGCUGAACAUUUCCGGUCACUGUCAGACACUGCCAAGCCCCACCUCGCUGCACCUUUCAAAGAGGAGGAAAACAGCCGGCCGCCUGCCCCCAGACUCCUCAGGGCCCAGGCAACAAGUGUGAUCCGGCACACGGCUGAUGCCCAGCCCUGCAGCCACCGUGCCUGCCCUGUGCAGGCUGCCGGCGCCCUCAGCUUCCAGGAUGAGGCUUUGCAGAGAAGGCCCCACCUGAGUAUCGAGGGCACAAGGAAGAGUGUGCCCUGUGCAGCCGUGUUGCCAAGCAGAGCCAAGCGCGAGUGGAAUAUGCUGGCAGAUGCCAGCGACCAGACAGGCUCCACCGUGCCUGGCUCCACUGUGCCCUCCUCAGAUGCAGUGCUCUCCAGGCCCCGGCCCCGCCCUGUAUCCCCACAGCACCCGGUGGCGGCCUCUCUGCCCGAGUCUUCCGCAGGGGGUGCGCCGCCGCUGCCUGUCAUCUGCCAGAUGGUCCCCCUCCCUGCGCACAGCCCCGUGGUGACAACCGUUGUCCCUGGUCCCCCGCCCAGCCAGCCACCCACCGUCUGCCCACCCGUGCUGCUCAUGGGCACCCAGGUGCCCAAGGGCGCCGUCAUGUUUGUGGUGCCUCAGCCCGUGGUGCCGAGCCCAAAGCCGGCGCUGAGCCCACACGGCACCAGACUGUCCCCCAUCGCUCCAGCGCCCGGCCUCACACCCUCUGCGGCCAAGGCCACACCGCAGGUGGACUCCUCCAGGGUCCGGAGCCACAUCUGCAGCCACCCAGGCUGUGGCAAGACCUACUUUAAAAGCUCCCAUCUGAAGGCCCACAUGAGAACGCAUACAGGAGAGAAGCCGUUCAGCUGCAGCUGGAAGGGCUGUGAGCGCAGGUUCGCCCGCUCCGACGAGCUGUCCCGUCACCGGCGCACACACACGGGCGAGAAGAAGUUCGCCUGCCCCAUGUGCGACCGGCGCUUUAUGCGCAGUGACCACCUGACCAAGCACGCCCGGCGCCACCUGUCCGCCAAGAAGCUCCCGAACUGGCAGAUGGAGGUGGGCAAGCUGGGCGACGUGGCCCUGCCUCCCGCGCCUACGCCUGCGCAGUGACGCUCGGGACGUGAGGCCAGGACUCACGUUCACGGCUGGUACCGCCGGGCAGCCAUGCUCCAGGAGCCAGGACCCGGCCUGGGGUGGUGACAGAAAGGGCUGUGGCCACCUGCAGGUCCAGCGCCGUGUCACUGCUGUCACAGGAGAGGCCGAAGGCUCCGGCUGAGGAAUCGGGAAUGCGAUGUCGCUUCACCGUGUGUCUGCACUGGACACGGGUUCAACCGAGACCCUUGGGUGCUGGGCCCGGAGCAGAGGCUGAGCUGACCCUGCGGUGCAGAGAGGAGCUGGGGUGGAGGGCGUCCUGACUCGGACACCACCUGGCCUUCGCUGUUGUCUCCGUGGUUUCUGGCGUCAGACCCACACAGGAUGCCGUUCCCACUGUCGCUGACACCGGGGUGGAAAAGCUACACGGCUGAAGAGCCCAGGGCGGGGAUCCCUCACUCAUUAAUUUAAUUGCUUUGAGGUGGAGCUACAGUUCUGCAUUAUUGUUUUGAAAGUUUAACAGGUGACUGUACUUAGGCAUUUUAUUAUGCUUUCCACUUUAGUUUGCCUGCCGUUUCUUGUGUAGAUUUGAACAUUGUAUCCCUAUGUGUUUUCUGUGGACUCACCGAAACAUUGAUUGCACUUUGUUUAGAAAAAAAAAUCUGAAGAUAAAUAUAUUUCAUGAAGAAGGGACAUCAAGAAUUCCAGGUGACUCCUUGAAAAUGAUGGCUUUUGUUAUGAGCAGACUGUGUUAGGAGGGUGUGUGUGUUUCCUUAAAUUAGAAACUUAGCACUAUUCCUAGGCAGACAAAGGGUCUGCUAAUUCAUAGGCGUUCUCAGAGAUGGGGAAGGAAGGGUAGAACAUUCUUAGGACAUUCGAUUUUGUUAGUAUUUGUUAUGUUUUGUUGUGCAGUGGGUGAUAUACACAGUGGAGAAAAAUUGUUUGAAAUACACAGUGAAAAAGUCACUAUAUCUGCACAUGUAAAAUUUUGUCUAUUUUGGGUGUAGAUUUCUGACAUCAAAACUUAGACCCUUGGGAGAAUUUUCUGUUAAUUAAAAAAAAUCCAUGUGACAAUUUGCACAAUAUUUUGUUGUACUUCUUGUUUACAAUAAAGAAUUUCCUUUGCUCUAGGUAA